UCUUAUAUCUAAGUUCAACUCUUUCAAUAUUCUCAUCUUUCACAGAGGAUAAGUUACAGGUAGGUAGACUUGUAUCUGGCUAGUGUUUCCGAUCAUUAACAUCAUUUUCGUUUUCUGUCAAAAAAUUGUGUCAUUUUUUAUGAGAACCUCUUUGUCUUACUAGCGGGUCUCUUAAGUUGCAGAUCUCUAUGUCCACCAUCAAGGUCUACACUAUCAUCCAAGUAUUACUCUACUAAUGUGGAGAUAGGGACGGCAAGGUUAGCCUCAUCUAGCUGAUUAUAUGCUAACCUUAGUGCUUCCUCCUCUCUCGGCCAACUCGAUCUCAAUUGAUUUGACUUGCCUCGUCGAUUGCAGUCAUGGAGAAGGAUACAGGCGGGGGUCACUCACGGCCUGAGAGUGUCAUCAAUGUCACCGUCGAUGGAGAACAGCCGAGGGUCACCGGGCCUAGCAGUUCAGGAAGCGAGAAUGAAGUGCACGUCUUCAACGAGCAGACCAAUUAUGUCCCUAGGAAGACUAUCAUCAUGAUUUUCCUUGCUUGUUCUAGUAUAGACUUGAUAGCUCUUAUGGACCAAACUACACUGGCAGCAAGUUUAUACAUCAUUGCAGAUUCAUUGAAAUCGAGCGGACAAGCCUCCUGGAUCGCUAGCGGGUAUUUCAUUACUUCGACCGUCGGUCAACUUCUAUACGGACGGCUCUCAGAUAUUUGGUCCCGCAAAGUAAUCCUGCUCGUUGGGUUAGCAAUCUUCUUUUUCGGCUCCUUGGCCUCAUCCCUCUCCCAAACCGUCACGCAGUUGAUAGUCUUCCGCUGCUUUACUGGUAUCGGUGGUGGUGGCUUGAUGACCAUUGCCCAAACUAUUGUUAGCGAUGUUGUGCCCCUACGAGAGAGAGGGAAAUACCAAGGGAUACUUGGCGCGGUGGUUGCUAUUGCUAACGGUAUUGGUCCUGUAAUCGGCGGUGCCCUUUCUUCGAUAUCGGAGGAUUCUUGGCGGUGGAUCUUUCGCCUGAAUUUGCCGCUUACCUUGUUGGCCACCUGCUGCGUAAUAUUCAUUAUGCCGUUGAAGAAGGUGGAGGGGGACUGGAAAUUAAAGCUGAAAGCAGUUGAUUUUGUUGGCAUUGCCCUUACAUUGGCUGGGGUGUCUGUUCUCAUGUUAGGUUUGACGUGGGGUGGAUCUGAGUAUCCGUGGAAGUCGACUGCAGUCAUCACAACUUUGGUCCUCGGAUUUCUUCUAUGCGUGGCCUUCGUACUAUGGCAGUGGCGGGGGCCACGAUAUCCUUUGGUACCCUUACAUAUUUUCAAAUCUAAGAUCGUCAAUGGCGCAUGCCUGACGAUGGCCAUCAACGGCUGGAACUUUGUCGUUCAGGUCUACUAUGUUCCCACUUUCUAUCAGCUUGCCUAUGGCUACUCGGCCACUAAGGCUGGUGCCAUGUUGCUACCAAUUACGGUUAUACAGACAUUUAGUAGCACACUAUCUGGUUUAAUAGUCCACUGGGUGGGUAGAUACCGCGAGUGCAUCUUGUUUGGCUGGGUCUGCUGGGCCAUUGGUCUUGGUUUGAUGUCAACUCUAGACGAAAAUUCAGGGCUCGGGAAACAGAUAGGAUAUGCUAUCAUAAUUGGUGUAGGGGUUGGAAAUACGUUACAACCGGCUUUGAUAGCUUGCCAGGCCGGAGUAGAGAGGCGAGACAUGGCCAUUGUGACGUCUUUUCGAAAUUUCGUGCGUAACUUGGGCGGAACAUUCGGUUUGGCGAUUUGCGGUACGCUUAUAAAUAAUAUUCUAGCCAACUCUCUUUCGUCUUUAGGAACCAGUGCACAGGAAUCAAAGGAUCUACUUAGUAACCCGCAAUCCUACCUUUCAUCACUGCCCAUCGAAGAGUCCCAACGCAUUCGCUUAGUGCUAAUACCUGCGUAUCGGGAGGGCUUUAGAAUUAUAUUUCUCAUUGGCGCAUCUUUGGCUGCCGUUGCAUUUGUCAUCUCAUGGUUUAUGAUGCCGCAAAUAGAACUCAGUCGCCCGGACGAUGAAAAGCUCAAAGAAGAGGGUCGAAGGCAGUAUGAUGCAAAGAAGUCUACGCCAGCCCCUUAAUCCAAUCUUCACUUACCUAAUUAUACCAUCGCUGCUAUACUUCCUACUACUAAUUCAAUCUAACUGAUCUCAACAAUACCAUUUAGAAUUUGGGGUGCGUACCUAGGUAGGUACCUAAUAGAUACAUACCCCUUACUAUUUCCUAACCUAGGUACCUACUACUAGUAGUACAUAGCAGCUAGAGUAGAAGCGUUGGAUAGGUACCAUACUCAAAUGUUAAUGAUACAUACCAUAAGAUUCUGACUACAAGUUGAUUUAACACAUUGUCUUUGGUAAUCAUAUUAUGUCACAGUUGCAGCGCAGUUCAUGGCAUCAUAUGAUUCCGACUAUGUCCGGUAAUUUUUUCGACUUCCCAGAUGCGGGAGGG